UGUUGUGUGGUGAGUGUUGCUAUUUUGGUCCGUUAACGGAGAGGGAACAAGCAUUGUGUCGGGAUAUCGCUGCCUGUACGUCAAGCGGGGUGCUUGUGAAGUGUUUGGACAGACGCAGGAUGUGAUUUACACCUUCGAUACAAUGGAGGAGAGGAUAGUCCUAACAUCAUCGCCCAAACUUUAUACGGGACUAUAGUGGUGACUGUUCCCAUGGCUGUGUAGAAUCAGAUGGCCAGGAUGCAGUCGAUGCAGAGCCAAUGUUGUUGCUGUGCCAUCAGCGUCUUCUCCGCGCUGUUCGGGAUCAUCAUGCUGUCUACAGGAGUCUGCCUGGUGCUCAACUACCGCAUCAUGGAGGUCGACACGACGGGCCUCCCUCCCGAGUGGCGAAAUGAGGAGGGCAAGAAGAUUGUUGGUAUCAUCCUCAUCUGUUGUGGCAUUGCUGGCAUGGGGAUGAGCGCCCUCAUCACCGUGUUGUACUUUACGGUCUGCUCACGACCCAAAACCAAACCUGCAGUAGCCCCCAGUGGCCCUGUCCCUGGACAUGCAACGGGACAUGGGCCGAGACAUUCAACAGGACACGGAGGGGGUAAGAGCAACAACCAUCCCCCCCAUACACCUGAUCCAUAUUCCACAGAAGUGAAUGGGAAGCCUAACUCUAAAGGGAAACGAGGGAAGCGGUCUACAAAGAAAAGGCCACAUCUUAAAACAUAUAAAAAUAAUCUGACUACUCAUAGGGAAGUAAUCAAUGAAAGUGAACCCCGCUAUGAACACUUCGACCUGGACGAGUCGUCUCAGUCUCUAGACUCAUCUCAGACUGCUUCGUCCAGAACGUCCAUCAGCGGGACAGCCCAGGACAUCAUAGAGACCUCACUAAAGAUCAAACAGCAGUCUGGUCCUCCUGUGAUAUUAAAUGUGGACCAUUUACCCAAGCUUCCGACUCAGGAGACUGGCAUGCUUAAAACAAUGCCCCCUCCCCCCAUCCCCUCCGCGUCGGUGGAGGUAGAUUCAGAGGAAGAGGAGGUGUCACAGAUAGAGGAGAUCAAGAAACUGGACAAACAGGUGGCCGGUCUAUUAAAGUGAUUUCUCCUGACAAUGCCGUCUGUGAAUGUUGCUUCGAGAAGGAAACAGAGAUGCACGCACGAAUGUGGCCAACCUAUGUUUGGGCCCUCUACGAAUAACACGUGUGGCACCUUCGAGGAAGUGAAAAGUAGUGGACAAGCUGUUGGUCAACGUGGUGUGUUUCUGCUGAGGAUGUAAUGUGCUGCUGAGAUUAGGAGGACUAUGGACAGAAACUGAGACAGACACUGACCACUGCCAAGUUCUGGCUCUGUCCAGGGCUGGGUAUGCUGAAACUAGACAAAGUACAGGACUACGCAUUGAUAGCAUGUCUAGAAAUGUACAUGUAUGCUCUACAUGUGAGUUGAAGAGUUAGAGGUGGAUCUUGGUGUUAGUGAUAGACACCUGACGAGGGUUAUGUUGACCUCAGUUCGGUGUUGUAUAGGACAAUGUGACAGAUGCACCGUUCACUGCUCACGCCAUCAGUGCAACACAGGGAUGGAGAUUCUGUUAAAAGACGCCAGAUUACCGACGUGUGAUUAUGUCGGAAGAUUCCAAGUGCUAGAGUGUGAGUGAGCUCAAGGCCCACAAGUCACCCCCAUCACUCUCCUCCCCCAGGACCCACUGACUGCAAUAUGUGAUAAUGUCUGAACAAUUGUGAUAUUUUUAGAGAUGUCAUACACUCCUGGUAAUGUUUCAAGAGAGAGAUCGAGGAUAUUCAUUGACAAAAUCAAUGUUGACUUCAUCGAAAAGUACCAUAUUGAAAUUCCGUUUGUAUUUUCUCGGUUUUGUUUAAGUCUGUGUUGUCCGGUACUGGGUGUAAAAGUAUGUUCACUUCAACUAGAUGACUGACAUGCUCGCUCUUGUGUACACAUGACACGAAGUGACUCAGCAAGUGCACGUGUGACGCCCCCGGACCGUAUACAGUUGUGUAUACAAGCAAUGGGACCCACAGGUAAUCACAGAGGAAGUCGCUAUGGCAACACGCGCUCUCGCUCACACCUCCUCGUCAAUGUUUAGUAAUGGCGAUCUUGCACGACAAGCUUUUAGUCCCGACUAUUUCCAUUGUGAUAAAUGACGACUAUAGACAAAACGUGAUACAUCGGAUUUCGCUGUUGUUGAAGAAUGACUUGUUAUGGCGAUCACAUUUUCCCACAAUAGCUAUAUCUGUGAAUGUUGUAAACGUCGGCAGGGGUCUGUGACCUCAUUCCCGAGUCAGCUCCAGUACCGAAGAUUUUCUAUAUUACAAUCACGCUUCAUAUCAGUUUUGAAUCUCAUCAGUUACAUUGGUUACAUCGGUUACAAUUGUUACAUAAGUUAUUCCAAUUGCGUGGAUCGAUGCUCAUGGUGUCAAUCACUGGAUUGUCUGGUCCAGACUCGAUAAUUUACGUCACAUAGCUGGAAUAUUGCUGAGUGCGGCGUUAAACAACAAACAAACAAACAAAACGAACAUAGGUUACAUUGGUUGCAUCCGUUACCUUGGUUACAUACGUCACAUUGGCUACAUCGUUCCUAGUAGGGAAAUUGUUUUAUCAUUUAGAUUUGUCUUAUUUAAAUAACUCUAUUUGUUCA